CUUACUAAAAUCUCUACACCGUUUGAAGAUCUUUGCAAGGAAAAACAAACAGAAAUUUUUCUUUCAUGGAAGUUCUCAAAUGAUCCUCAGCUUGUCGCCAUCUACAAGACAUUCUCUACAGCCAUUUUGAGCGCUGCAUACAAUAUGUCCAACAGUCCACACCAAGCCGCAAUCGGCUACCCUGGAACGGACCCUGUCAGAAGUGCGCCUGAUUAUAUACCAUGUAUUGUUCGUGAAAGAUACAGUAUUAUGAAUGAGAAGGAACUACUUGAUCCUACUUUAAAAUUCGACGUUAUUAUUGUUGGAAGUGGUGCCGGAGGAGGCGUAUGUGCUGCCGAGCUCUCACAGGCUGGGCUGUCUGUGCUUGUGAUUGAAAAAGGAAAAUACUAUCAUGAAAGUGAAUUCACCUCAGAUGUACCGGUUGCGUACAAGAAUAUGUAUCUACAAGGAGGAAGCUUUGCUGCUCGUAAAGGAGAGAUCAGUGUCUUGGCGGGAAGCACUUUUGGUGGUGCAACAACUGUAAACUUUCUAGCCAGCUUAAAACCUCAGCACUUUGUACGAGAAGAGUGGGCAAAGAUGGGUUUAACCCAUUUUACUUCAUCAAAGUUCUCUGAUGACCUAGACAAAGUUUACAAACGAAUUGGUGCUACCACAGAAGGAAUUAAGCACAGUAUACCAAAUCAAAUUCUUAUUGAUGGAUGCAAGAAACUCGGCUGUCACAUUGAAAAUAUUCCCCAGAAUACAAGCGGUAAAUCGCACGAGUGUGGCUGGUGCCUUACUGGUUGCAAAGAUGGUAUUAAAAAUGGCACUUCAAAUUCAUGGCUUCGUACUGCCGCUCAACACGGCGCACGUUUUGUUGACCAAGCCAAAGUCAACCGGGUUAUCAUCGUUGAUGGAAAGGCUACAGGAGUCGAGUUCCAAAUCAAUAAUUCAGAUCAGACCAUUCGUCUCAAUUCAUCUCGGGUUGUCAUCUCUGCAGGAUCCUUGAGCACCCCAGGAGUCCUUUUCAAGAGUGGACUCAAGAACAAGAACAUUGGACAAAAUCUCCGUCUUCACCCAGUGACAGUAGUUUAUGGCUUUUUUGAUAACCGUCAGACCGACCCUUUUGAAGGAUCCAUAAUGACCUCCAUAAGCAGCAGUCUUGAGAAUUUAGAUGGCGAGUACUAUGGAUCAAAGCUCGUUGUUCCGCAUCACACUACAGAUAUGUUUAUCUUUGGUGUGCCAUGGCAAGGAAAAAAGGAACACAAGGAAGCGAUGCUGAAAUUCAGACAGUCCUCAUCAGUCGCAGUUCUUGUUCGGGAUAAGGAUUCUAAAGGAAGUGUUGGGUACACAAAAGAUGACAAGAUAUCGAUUACCUACGAAAUCUCUAAGAUAGGUAAAAUGUCUAUCGUAAAAGGAAACAUCCGGGCGGCUAUGAUACUUUGCGCCGCAGGAGCUAGAGAGAUCCAUACGGGAUCCUUUGGUAUGAAGCCAUUUGUCUUUUCUCCAGAUGAGUCUAUUGAGGUCAACAAUCCCCGAUUUGUCAAGUGGCUAGACGAAAUAGAGAAAUACGGAAUGCCCGUAAAUGGCAUGAACUAUUUCUCUGCACAUCAACUGGGAUCUUGUCGAAUGGGUGUUUCCCCAGAUACUUCUGCUACUAAGCCAACUGGUGAGACAUGGGAGACCAGAAAUCUAUAUGUGUGCGAUGCCUCACUUUUCCCGACUGCAAGUGGUGUCAACCCUAUGGUUACGACAGAAGCCAUUGCUCUUCAUGUUGCAGACUCAAUUAUUAAA